AUGCAAGUGCAUUUCAAUGCUACAGGGUGUCUGGCAAGACCAUUGCAAUGCUCCAGGGUGUCCAGCAAGAGCAUUGCAACGCUCCAAGGUGUCCGUCAAGUGCAUUGCAACGCUCUGGGGUGUCUGGCAAGAGCAUUGCAACGCUCUGGGGUGUCCGGCAAGAGCCUUGCAACACUCCACGGUGUCCGGCAAGAUCACUUCAACGCUCCGUGGGUGGCCGGCAAGAGCAUUGUAACAAUCCGGGGUGUUCGUCAAGAGCACUACAACCCUCCAGGGUGUCUAGAAAGAGCAUUGAAGGUGGACGUGGACGUGGAGGACGUGGAUGUGAAGGACGUGGAUGUGGACGUGGAGGACGUGGACGUGGACGUUGAUGUGGACGUGGACGUGGUCGUGGACGUGGACGUGAACGUGGGCGUGGAUGUGGACGUGGUCGUGGACGUGGACAUCAACGUGGUCGUGGACGUGGACGUGGACGUGGUCGUGGACGUGGACGUGGACGUGGUCGUGGUCGUGGACGUGGACGUGGACGUGGACGUGGUCGUGGACGUGGACGUGGUCGUGGACGUGGACGUGGACGUGGAGGACGUAGAUGACGACGUGGAGGACGUGGACGUGGACGUGGACGUGGACGUGAAGGUGGACGUGGAUGUGGACGAGGACGUGGACGAAGAGGUGGACGACGUGGACGUGGAUGUGGACCUGGACCUGGACGUGGACGUGGACGUGGACGUGGACCUGGACUUGGACGUGGACGUGGACAUGGUCAUGGACGUGGACGUGGUCGUGGACGUGGACGUGGUCGUGGACGUGGACGUGGACGUAGACGUGGUCGUGGACGUGGACGUGGUCGUGGACGUGGACGUGCACCUAGACCUGGACGUGGACGUGGACUUGGACGUGGACGUGGAUGUGGACGUGGUCGUGGACGUGGACGUGGACAUGGACGUGGUCGUGGACGUGGACCUGGACCUGGACGUGAACGUGCAUGUGGACGUGGACGUGGACGUGGACAUGGACGUGGAGGUGGACGUGGAUGAGGACGAGGACGUGGACGAAGACGUGGAGGACGUGGACGUGGACGUGGACAUGGACGUAGACGUGGACGUGGACCUGGACGUGGACGUGGACGUGGUCGUGGACGUGGACAUGGUCGUGGACGUGGACGUGGACGUGGUCGUGGACGUGGAAGUGGUUGUGGUCGUGGACGUGGACCUAGACCUGGAUGUGGACGUGGACGUGGACGUGGACGUGGACGUGGACGUGGUCGUGGAGGUGGACAUGGACGUGGACGUGGACUUGGACGUGGACGUGGACGUGGACGUGGUCGUGGACGUGGACGUGGUCGUGGACGUGGACGUGGUCGUGGACGUGGACGUGGACGUGGACAUGGACGUGGAGGACGUGGACGUGGAACUGUAA